AGCAUAUGUUGUGUUGGUGGAGACGCGGAUGGAGUUCGGCACACAGCGCAUCCGAAUUCCAACAUCUGCUCCACCAGGGACAAAGCAUAGCACGGCUCGGUUAGUGUUAUUUCGGCAGCAGAACAAGCCGGUUCAGUUGUUGGAGAAGACGAGUCGUUGACUGGUACGGUUUAGAAGCAUAAAACCGACGUAAUAAAACCCCCACAUCCCGUAAAGCAGUGUUGCAUUGAUAGAGCAUUCUUCUCCUAUUUCGCCACAUACCGAUAAGAAGUGUGCCACUAAAAAGUGUGCCAAAUUUAGCCGGAGCACAGCGUGGACACGCGGCGCUCGGUAGUUUCGGUGCUCGGAAGUGUUUGAAGAUUUGAAAUUUGUAAGCGAAUAAAAAGCGAUCAAAGUGAAGUUCUGUGUCCGCGAUCGGGCGCGAUCGUAAAUCAACGUAAUUACCGAUCGAUGGCGCUAUUUUUAAACCCAUUAUAAUCGUUACGCGGCUCUUUGCGGAUUAGCGCCGUGGACAUCUUUUUGGAGAGUCGUGUACAUGUGUGUCUGUGUGUGUGUGUUUCCACGCGUGUAUCUUUCCUAUGUUUAUGCUAGCCAACUUCCCUUCCCCGUCGGAUGAGUACGAUGUUGCGCGCACAAGAGCACCCGUCGAGUGGGUGGGCCGGCAGCUUGUAAACAAAGCGAUCGUUCUAACGCGCAAACCACGUGCCGUGCGUGUGCCUGCCAACCCGCAAAGGGAAGGCGGAAAGAUGGUUUUCAAAUCUCCCACGAGUGCGACGAAUGAUGAAUUGACUCGACGAUUACAGGGACCUAUUAUCGUAUUUUAACGCCACUGGAAGCGCCACCGACACCCCGAUCUUUCUUUCUUCCGUCGAUGUAAUCCGAUCUUCCCUUCCUUCUCCCGCUCCUCCUUCUGCUAGAUGAUCGUGAUGCGGAAGACACCACUUCUGUUGAUGGUGAUGUUAAUGGCCACGGGGCCGAUCAAAGCAGAUCCCGUGCAGUCUGGUGAAGUCGCAACGAUCGGGCAGGACAUGCGUACGCUGCUGGACGACGUGAAGUCUCAUCUGAACCGUUUCAAUUCCCACUACCUGAUCAAUCUGGAGCAGCGGAUCGUGUCGCUGCUGACCACGAUGACGAGCCUGGAUGCGAACGUAAAGACGCUGCAGGAAAAGUCUCAAGUUUGGGACGUCUUCCAGCACCACAUAGGGGCGUGGAGCGAGCACAUCAAGUCCGUGGACAACAAGCUCGAAAUAUUGAGGAAGACGCACGAAACACCUUCCCCGACGCUCGAGACGCGUCUCUCCAGUCUGGACUUUAAGAUCCAGCACAUCUUCGAGAAGGUCGACGUGAUCAACGAAAAGCUGCACGAUAUCACCAAAACCGUCUACGCGCUGUCGAGCAGCAGCGCAAACAAUCGAGGACGGCGCAACGACCGGUUGGAGUCUGCUGCUGCCGCCGAGCAGGCCGCAAUCGUUACCAAAAUCGGCCACCUUCAAAAGCAAAUCAAUCGCAUCGAGAGCAACGGGAAUGGUUGCCAGAGCAAAGCGAACGGACAGCAGCAGCAGCAGCAGCAGCAGGGAAACGGUCGCACAGGCGCGACGGCCAAGUUUCGAAAGGACAACUCCGACUCGGACGAAGAGAUGGAUGACUUUCUCGACAAGCUGACGACGAAAAAGUUGCGCGAAAUGGUGUCCAACCGCAAGCAGUGCCGUUCGUUGGACGUGCUCACGAGUUUGGUGCGAUCGGUCGAGGAUCGCACGGUACGCAUCUACGACCUGGAGGCGAACCAGUUCGAGCAGAUACUGUCCUGCUGCCAGCGGACGAACAACGAGGUAACGACCUUCACCAACAGUGCGGACAUUCUGCUGAAGCGCAUCGAGCACCUGGUGCUGGACGUUGACCGGAAGGUGGAGAAGCGAAACAAUCUGUACUGUGACAGGCAGGCGCAUGUGGAGGAAGGGAAGCCUCCCGAACAGCCUGCCAGUAAAGUGAAUGCAACACGGAAGGAGAGUGUCGACGACAGCUUGCCCGAUGUCGAUAUUGGAAGUGGUAGCGAAGAAUCGAUGGCCGAUGCCACCGUCAUAAGCUCGGGCGCGAUCGAUCAGCACGAGGAGAUCAGCUUCCACCAUCCGGACAAGGAUGGAUGUCAUCAGCUGCUGAAGCGUUUCAGCGGUGUGUACACCUUCGCGGAGGUUGAGCUGAACGAGGCGCGGCGAGAUUUCAACCGCCGGUACUGUGAGUUUGCAACGGGCGGGCCCGCGUGGACAGUGGUGCAGCGGCGCAAUUGGUACGACUUGCAGGAGAACUUCAACCGCUCCUGGAACGAGUACAAGUACGGGUUUGGUGAUCUUGGGUACGAGUUUUGGUUGGGAAAUGAUUUCAUCCACAGAUUGAGCUACGACGACAAUGUGGAGCUGCGGAUCGAGUUGGAAGACUUUGAAGGACAGCGAGCGUAUGCCGGCUACGGCACGUUCCGCAUGGAGUCGGAAAAGUUUAACUACAAUCUGAUGGUGGCGGACUACCACGGCAAUGCGUCGGACGCGUUAGCCUACCAUAACGAUCACGAUUUUAGCACGUACGAUCGUGCGAACGAUAAAUCGAAUGGCGGUUUCCCGUGUGCUCUUACGUUUGGCAGUGGCUGGUGGUUUAACAGCUGUGCAGAGUCCAACCUGAAUGGGAAGUACUAUCUGGAGCAUCCACGCAGCCACAAGUCCACCGGCAUUCUGUGGGAAUCAUGGUUGGGAGAUUAUUCGCUCAAGGCGGCAAAGAUGAUGAUACGCCCGAAGGACACGUGGACUAGGGAUGAGGACCAAUCGGAGAACGACACUCCCGUGGAUCCGUAAAAUGAGUGCAACCACUAGCAACUGCUGCCGGGAGUAGCAUAGGUUGCACAUAAAAUAUACUAUUAAAAUGUUUAUAUUAUUUUUUUACCAAAAUUAAGCGAAUAAUCAAGAUAUAACAAAUAUAAUCUCUAUCCCAAAAGGCUUCAUUGUCCUAACGUAAUAAGGAAACAUGGGUGAGA